AUGAACACCAAGCGUCCAGAUGCCGACACCAUGAAUAUUGGGCACCGCGGCGCUGAUGGUACCUUGAGCAGAACGCCUCCGAAACAUUCUCUGCCGCCAACACCUCCCAGAACAGUCGAGCGGUCACUGGCGAUUAACUCGGUCCAACAACUCCGUCGGUACCAGGCCGAUCGAAAAGCAGACGAAGCGGAGGAGAUUGUUCGAAUACAAAUAAGCAAAGAAUUUGAUCCGCACCAGCACCUUGAGAAAAUUGGGGAUAUCUUUCGUCGCUUCGAUUGUUAUCCUACAGCUAUUUGUGUCCGCAUGCCUUUACCGAUCCACGAGCUUGUAAUUAGCGACUUGGAGCGAGAGUAUACCAUAAAACAAGAUCGACGCGGUGGUAGAUGUUCAGACAUUAAACUAGGUCGCUCAUCCCGAGUCUACCUGGAUGGGAAGAAGGAGAGUCGUCAACCCGACAUACAGUUUCGACACAAAUCAGAGAAACAGCCUCGCGUCAUUGUAGAAGUGGCGCUCUCUCAAACCGAGAAAGAGCUGGAGAUUCUUGCCUACGACUAUAUCCUCAAGUCUGAUGGCAAAAUUAAGACGGUGUAUGGUAUUGAUCUCAAUCCACUUGGAAAACCAUCCACAGUUUCACGAUGGUGCGCCAGAGUCACACCUUCCGACGAUCCAGCUUACGAGAAAGAAGUACGAGUUGAAAAGAUUCUAUACAAGGCCUUUCGAGCGGCAGACGGCUCGCCUGCAAAUCCGGAUGAAUGCGUGUUGAUCCCUUUCGGCGAUUUUGACAUCGAUUUGGAGGAACAAAAUUCUGGGAUAUCCAUACCCUUCCGCAGCAUUUUCGAUGCGUAUAGAGAAGCCCAGGAGAUUGAGGCUCAGAGCGAGACGGAUGUCGAAUCACAACGCCCAGCUAAACGUAUCAAGCGCAUUUGGCGCACGCCGAGUCCCAUCGAACAAUUAAACCCAGAAGAUGAGGCCAGGUUUCAAGCAGCUGAAAAAGCUGCUGAAGAUUUAAACAAAGGGUCAGAUUUCGAGCUAUCGGAUGAUGGGCACGAGUCGGAUCGGAGCAGUCAACGAAGUUGA